AUUACUAAAUAAAUUAAUACAUUCAAAUCAUUGAAAAACAAAUAAAAAAAGGUAAAAUUCUUCUUCAUUACAUUGCACCAACCAAAACCAAAACCAAAACCAAAAUCAAAACCAACCCUUUCGUUUUGAACCAGUAAUGGCGUCGGUGUUAUAAAUAUCACAAAAUCAGUUAUCGUUUUGUUUCCUCUCCUCCGAAGCUUUGUAGGCGGCGUUGAUUCUCAUGGCGCCUUCGAAGCUCUUCUUCUUCGCUCUCUCCGUCGCUCUUUUUUUCUUCAUCGUUACUUCCGAACCCGAUGUUUCCAUCGCAGAUUCCGAUUCCUCUUCUCUUAAGAUCCAAUUAGAUCAACUCAACUCCAAGAUCCAAUCUCUCGAGUCUCAAAUCAGUGAUAAAUCACAAGAGUUGAAGAAGAAGGAUGAAACAAUAGCAGAAAAAGAAAAACUUUUACAAGAUAAGUUGAGUAGCAUUCAAUCCUUGCAGAGUGAGGUUGAUUCUCUUCAGAAAAAAGGAUCAUUGGAUGUUGAGGAGCGGGUUGAAAAGGCUUAUGCACGUGCUGGGGAACUACAGAAGCAGGUGGACAAGCUUAAAAGCCAACUUGAAACACAAAACAGUGAGAAAGUGAAUUGGGGAACUCGGGUAGAAGAGUUUGAGAAAAAGAUUCAUGAUUUGAACUCAAAAUUAGAGGAUGCUCAAAAGAUAAAUGAGGAACAGAAGAAACAAAUCCGUAAAACUGAACGCGCUCUUAAAGUUGCCGAGGAAGAAAUGCUUAAGGCAAAGCUCGAGGCAACUUCCAAAGCAAAAGAGCUGAGCGAGACUCAUGGUGCUUGGCUUCCUCCUUGGCUUGCUGUACACUAUAUUCGUAGUAAGUCCGUGGUUGAGAGUCAUUGGAAUGAACAUGGGAAGCCUCUAUUGGAAGUGAUAUCUCAAAAGGCCCUAGAGAAAAAGGUACAAGCUGGAAAGUGGGCUGAACCUCAUGUCGAAAUAAUUACAACCAAAUGGGUUCCAGCUGUGAAAGAACAGUGGUCUGUGGUGAAAACAAAGACUGAACCUCAUGUGCAAUUACUGACUACAAAAACUGUUGAAGUUUACAAGACCUCAAAGGACACACUUACUCCCCACUUGAACAAGGCAAUAGAAUGUGUAGAUCCUUAUUAUCAGGGAGCUCGGAAGUUUAGCAAGCCAUACAUUGAUCAGGUCGCUACUGCUGCUAGACCUCAUGUUGAGAAUGUACAAGUUGUUCUGAAGCCCUACACAAAGAAGGUUGUUCAUGCUUAUGGGAAUUUCUUGGAAUCAGCCACUGCAUAUCAUAGCCAGGUACAAGCUACUGUCCAGGAGACACUGAAAAAGCACGAGCUUACUAGACCUCUUGCAACUAAGGAAUUGGAAUGGUUUGCGGCCUCUGCCCUUUUGGCCUUGCCUAUUAUUUUACUAGCUAGAGUUUUUUCUGCCAUUUUCUGCAAAAAGGCGGUUAAACCCGCUCGAAGCGGAAACACCCACCAUGCUCGUCGUAAAGCUAAGCGAGGCCAUCCAGACAAGUAGAUAACAUGAAGUUGGCUCCUGGUUUUUUUUUCCGGAGAGAAGUUUAGAUGGCUGGCACAUUGGGGCUACAUAUUUAUUUUCAUCAUAUGGGGUUUGAAUACUUCACUUCUUUUUGGGUUAGGUAAAUUUAGGACGUUUCACUGUAGAGCUUGGGUGUUCAUGUAAUAUGGCUGUUAUAUUUGUUAUUAGACCUGGCACUCACUCUUUUGUCCAUUACUUUUGUUUUGUUUUCUUAUUUAAAUUUAUAGACAUUAGUAUAAACGCUUCCACUUCAUGUAUGUUUAUUAAAAUUAGAGCUAGUUCUUCCUAUUCCAA